AUGUCUGAUUCAGAAACAAAGCUUUCAAUCGAGAAGCUUUUAAACGAAAAGCUUUUAAGCGAAAACUGCCCCUUAAAUGCUAUUGGCAUUCUGAAUCUUGCAAAUGAAAUAUUAAUAUCUAUUUUUAGAUAUGUAAGUUCACCAAAAAAUUUUGCC